UGGUUUGACUCCCAGUACUCAUGCUGGGAGCUGCAGAGGAGGCGCACGAUGGAUCCUCUGGUGCUCAUCGUGCUCACAUGUCUGCCCCUCGGCUCUGCAGUCUACAACGGGCCACUCCAAGCCGAGAUAUCCAACGGCACCUUCCACCAUUUCUACGUCCCGGACGGCGACUAUGAGGACACAGAGGACCCGGAGAAGUGCCAGAUGGUCUUUAGGUUCUCGGACGGAUCACCAUGCUCAAUCGCAGAGGAGGAGAGCGACGCUAUUGUGCGGGAGGAUCUCAUCCUCGCCCGCCUGCAGGGGGAGGACGCCGCUCGGCUGCUGGAGAGCAUCGGGCGGACUGUGGCCAAUGACCUGGACGGAGAGGACAGCUACGGACGCUUCCUCCGGAGGGAGAUCUCUCAAAUCGGAGAGGCUUUCUCCGGCGUGGACAAAUCUCUGGAGGAGCUGGAGGUGAAGUUCAAGCAAAGUCAGGAGAGCGAUCUGAGAGAGGAGCAGCUACUCAGCAGCUUUGUGCUCAAACAAGUGGGGGACGUGAAGGACACCCUGAGGGACACCAAGGACAUCUCAGCUGGACUGAGUGACAAACAGGAGCUUCUGUCUCUUAUUGUUCGCAGCCAUGGGAGCAGACUGAGCCGUCUUAAAACACAGUAUCUCAACCCAGGAUCAUAGUUAAAUAAGCUAGGUUUCUUCCUACUCCUUUUCGGACAUGAUUGGGGAAAGCAUCCAGCUUAAGUAUCUCCACUUCUUGGCAAUGUGUCAUCACCAUAAUCAGCACAUUCCUCUGACUCAAGAGGCUUAAAAGGAAAUUAUUGGAAAAAUAAUGUUAAUAUUUUUACUUUAAUCAACUUUUGUCUCUCUGUUUUGUCCAGUAAAUUGUUUACAUUUUUCCAAUGAAAAGCUUUUUUUUUUUUUUUUUACACAUAUAAGUGGCAGACCUGUGUCCCUUGUUAAUUGGCGUCUGGAUUCUGUCAACGUCCCCCACCUCCAUUUGGAAACAUUUUACUUUGGAUAAAAAUAUAUAUACUAAGAGUAUUGUUAUUAUCAACGGGAGUCGCACUUAUGUCAAUCGAUGUGCUUGUCUUGUUUGUACAGUAUGUUUUGUUAAAAGUAAACAAUUCAUUGCGAGUUAUUCCAAAA